AUGGAGCGCGGCGACCACGUGACCAGCUUCCCCGAUAAGCGCAUCAACGACUUGAACGAGCGCAAGUCCUCGGUGAUUCAUGCUGACCCUGGAAUUGAUGGCGGACUGUGUGAACCUCGUGUUGCUGCCAGAACUGCAGGUGGGGAGUCCGAGAGCUGGACUCAGACAAGUAUAAAGACAAAUGCAGCAAGUACAGUUGAUCCUACUGUUGAAAGGGUAGGUGACGUGUUAGAGGUUUGGGAAGGUCGGACACCAGGUGAGAGAAGCUGGGAAGACGACAGUGGGAACUGCACACCGCGAGCAGUCAACAACUUUCCCGAAAACUUCUUUUCUCUGGAGCUGACAAAGGACGGCGCAGUAGUUCUUCACAUUCUCAUCGCCUUCUACCUCUUUGCCGCCCUUGCCAUCAUCUGUGACGACUACUUCGUGCCGUCACUGGAGCAGAUCUGUAAAGAUCUUCAUCUGAAGGAGGAUGUGGCAGGAGCCACCUUCAUGGCAGCCGGCAGCUCGGCCCCCGAACUCUGCACCUCCAUUGUCGGUCUAUUCAUCGCCCGCAGUGAUGUUGGAGUGGGCACCAUCGUGGGCUCAGCGGUUUUCAAUAUUCUCUUCAUCAUCGGCAUUUGCGGCCUCUUCGCCGGAAUGGUGGUGCAGCUCACGUGGUACCCGCUCGUGAGAGACACGCUCUUCUACCUGGCCUCGGUGGUGGCUCUCGUCCUGUGCAUCGAGGACUCGAAAAUCCACUGGUACGAGGCACUCAUCAUGCUGUUGAUGUACUGUGUCUACAUCGUCAUCAUGUACUUCAACGCCGGCAUGGAGCGCUUUUUCAUCGCCCUGUGGGAGCGGCUGUGGUCUGGCAGAAAACCUGCAGAUGAGGAGGUCGACGACGUGGAGGCGAGACAACCCCUCCUGAAGUCCCAGGAUAAAACCGGAAGUCAGCCCCUCCUACAGUCUGACAACGUCUCUUCCGGAGAUGACGUCAUUGGCAGACCCAACAAAGUCGACUCUGACGUCAGCAUCAGGUCCGACAAAGUCUCAGACGAUCACGUGAGUUCAGAGGGACGCCAGCUCCCAUCACGUGACGUGGGGACACAAGAGGAGGAGACGAGUCUCACUGAAAGUGUCAAGGCCGCAUCGACAGGGCAGGACAGCUCGAGCGGGUCGGAUGAAGCCUCCGUGUGGGAGAUCCCCGAGCCCUUCCUGGUGCGCGUGCUGUGGGUUGCCAUGGUACCGAUGAAAGGCCUGUUCUACCUGACGGUACCUGACUGCCGGCAAGAGCGCAUGCGCCGCCUGUACCCCGUCACCUUCGUCAUGUCCGUCGUGUGGAUCGCAGCCUCCUCCUACGUGCUGGUGUGGAUGAUCACCAUCGCAGGUGACGCGCUGCAGGUGCCGGACACGGUGAUGGGCCUGACUCUGCUCGCAGCCGGCACCAGUCUCCCCGACUGUCUCGCCAGCCUCUUCGUGGCACGUGACGGGUUUGGCGACAUGGCGGUCUCCAACUCCAUCGGCAGCAAUGUGUUCGACAUCCUCAUCUGCUUGGGCCUGCCCUGGCUCAUCGAGACAGCCGCGGUCAACUCGGGCGACGACGUGACCCAAUUCAACAGCUCGGGGCGCUGUUACUCGUCUCUCACACUUCUCGCCACAAGUCAUUCGCUGCUCCGUCGCAAUAUUCAUCAACAAAUGUGGGCCUGA